UAGUAGCGUAUCAUCGUUCCAUCGUUGUUGACUCCUAGUCCGAAAGCUGCUGAAGCUCUGCUGUACAGGCUCAGCGGGUGAGAGCAGUCCACCGCAGCAGGACCUAAGCUUUGUUGCACCAUGCUAAGUCCUCUGUUUCGCGCCCAUGGCCUCCUGGUGGCCUCACACCCAUGGGAGGUGAUUGUUGGCACAAUCACCCUCACCAUCUGCAUGUUGUCCAUGAACAUGUUCACCGGCAACGAUCAGAUCUGUGGCUGGAAUCUGGACUGCCCCAAAACAGAAGAGGAAAUUCUAAGCAGUGACAUCAUCAUCCUGACCAUCACUCGUUGUAUAGCCAUUGUCUACAUAUAUUUUCAGUUCCAGAGCUUAAGACAACUGGGGUCCAAAUACAUUCUAGGAAUUGCUGGUCUUUUUACCAUUUUCUCCAGCUUCGUGUUCAGCACAGUUGUUAUUCACUUUUUUGAUAAGGAGCUCACUGGCCUCAACGAGGCGCUGCCCUUCUUCUUGCUUCUCAUUGACCUUUCCAAGGCCUGCACCCUUGCCAAGUUUGCCUUAAGCUCCAAUUCUCAGGAUGAAGUGAGGGAAAACAUUGGAACUGGAAUGGCUGUACUCGGACCUACCUUCACUCUAGAUGCUCUGGUGGAGUGCUUACUCAUUGGAGUAGGAACCAUGUCAGGUGUGAAACAGUUGGAAAUCAUGUGUGGCUUUGGAUGCAUGUCUGUUUUAGCCAACUAUUUUGUGUUUAUGACUUUCUUCCCUGCCUGUGUCUCACUGGUCCUUGAGUUGUCACGUGAGAGUCAGGAAGGUCACCCGAUCUGGCAGCUAAGUGACUUCUCCAGAGUGAUGGAGGAGGAGGACAACAAACCCAAUCCUGUAACCCAGAGAGUCAAAAUGAUCAUGUCUCUUGGACUGGUGAUGGUUCAUGCCCACAGCCGAUGGAUUUCCAAACCAUUGUCCUCAAAUACAACAGGGAGUAAUGCACAACUUGGCAUGGAGCUGGAUCAGUUAUCUCCUAGAAAAAUCGAGCCAGAAAUGCCACUGUGGCACUUCUACCUCAGCAGAAUGAUAACCAUGGACAUAGAGCAAGUGAUCUGUCUGGCCUUAGCUCUGCUGCUGGCUGUCAAGUACAUCUUCUUUGAGCAAGUGGAGAUGGAGUCUACACUGUCUCUUAGGAACCCCAUCACCAUGGCUGCGCCCAGCCCAAACCAGCAAUACAACAAGACCUGCUGCAUGAGGGAGCCUUCUGCACCCAGAUUUGCAGCACCUGCAGCCCCCUGCAGGGAGGAGAGAGAUGAAGUUAUUCGGCCAUUUCCUGCCCCCACCACUGACUGUCAGUCAAAGAGCUUGUUUGUCAUUGGGGAAGAUGAUGGGGAGAUGAAGUAUGACAACACUGAGCCCAGUCUGCUGCAGAAUCCCAGAGGACUUGAUGAAUGUGUGUCUAUCUUUAACAACCCUGAGCAAGGGCCAUAUCAUUUAAGUGAUGCCGAGGUGAUGCUGCUGGUGACCUCCAAACACAUCGCAGCAUACAAACUGGAGACUUUGAUGGAGAAACCAGAGAGAGGAGUGGCGAUACGAAGACAGAUGAUCUCUGCCAAGCUUUCUUGUCCUUCUGCACUCUCCUCGCUUCCAUACAUGAACUACGACUACUCCAAGGUUAUGGGUACCUGCUGUGAGAAUGUGAUUGGUUACAUCCCAGUACCGGUUGGAGUUGCAGGACCACUACAUCUGGAUGGAAAACAGUUCCAGGUUCCCAUGGCAACUACAGAAGGUUGCUUAGUUGCAAGCACUAACCGAGGCUGUCGUGCAAUUGCUCUGUCUGGAGGAGCCAGCAGCUGCAUCCUGUCUGAUGGCAUGACUCGUGGUCCUGUGGUCAGACUCCCAUCUGCCUGCAAGGCUGCUGAGGUCAAGGCCUGGCUGGAGAGUCCAGAUGGCUUUCAGGACAUCACAGAGGCAUUUGACAACAGCAGCAGAUUUGCUAGGCUACAAAAAUUGCUGGUUGGUCUGGCUGGGAGAAAUCUUUACAUACGCUUCCAGUGCAGGACAGGAGAUGCUAUGGGAAUGAAUAUGAUCUCUAAGGGCACAGAAAAGGCUCUGAGCAGGCUGCAGCAGCACUUCCCUGAGCUGCAGGUAGUGGCAGUCAGUGGGAACUACUGUACAGACAAGAAACCUGCUGCUAUCAACUGGAUCGAAGGCAGGGGCAAGUCUGCUGUCUGUGAAGCUACCAUCUCUGCAAAGGUGGUCCAAGAGGUUUUGAAGACUACAACUGAGGCACUGGUAGAAGUUAACAUCAGUAAGAACCUGGUUGGCUCAGCCAUGGCAGGUAGCAUUGGUGGAUUUAAUGCACAUGCUGCCAACUUGGUGGCUGCCAUCUACAUAGCCUGUGGGCAGGAUCCGGCCCAGUCAGUGAGCAGCAGUAACUGCAUUACCCUCAUGGAGCCAUCAGGACCAACAGGGAAGGACCUGUACAUCAGCUGCACUAUGCCCUCUAUAGAGGUGGGCACUGUGGGAGGAGGCACCAACCUGCCCCCUCAACAAGCCUGCCUCAAGAUGCUGGGAGUCCAGGGUGCCAGUCAGCAGUACCCAGGGGAGAAUGCCUGCCAGCUGGCCAGGAUUGUAUGUGCCACUGUGCUGGCUGGAGAGCUCUCACUGCUGAGUGCUCUGGCUGCUGGGCACCUUGUCAAGAGUCACAUGACUCAUAACAGAUCUAAGGUGGACUUACAUGGGACUCAGGGAACAUGCAGCAGGAGAGGCUCAAUGCAGACUGACAGAAGUUAGGUCGUGUUCAAGAAACUGGAUGGAAGCCAUAAAGAUUAAGCCAGUUUGAACGGAUUAAUCAUUUAUCAAUGAAGAAAAGACCUCACCUGUCUUCCACAGCUCUUUAUACAAGGUCAUAUUUUGAUCAACUAUUGUUCAGUACAUAAAAAAAAUCUUAAGCAACUCAGUUUUUCUUACUGUAUCUACUUGUAUUUGGUGAUUUUGUCAUCAAGCAUUUUGCCAAACUAAUCACAAACUGAGAUGUACAAAGGUAAGACUUAAGCUCAAUAAAUGUUUCUUGCUGGGUAGUCAUACUCACCAGCAAAGUUGCUUUUUACACA